AUGUCCCAAUUCUGUUGUCUGGGCUCCAAGCCCGAGCCUCGCACUCAGAUCCCAGCAUACCCAGAAGCCGGCUUCAUGCCCAGGCCGGAAACACAAAUGGCAAUGCACAUGCACCAUCAACCACCACAAUACGACUCAGUCAACAACGGCUAUUCCCCCGUUGUUCCAUUACCGCGCUACACCCCGCGGCCUAUGAGUAUCCAUGAGAAAACUCUUGAAACCAACAAUAUUCGACAGUCCCAUGGGCAGGGACAACACAGGCCAGAUGAGAAAAACAGACAAGACUUUGAAGAUUCCGAAAAUGAUGCCGCUCUGCACGCCAACAACAACAAUGGACGACGCAUCAUCCGCGUACUCUUUCCCCAGCAGUUUUGGGCAUACCUCCACCGAAACGAGGGAUACCCCGCCGCCGCCAUAUUCGUCGUGCGGAUCAUCGUUUUAUGCGCGCUCAAGAGCGUCGUCGGUGAGGAGUCAUCGGCGGAGCGAGAGUUUAUUCAAUUAUCCACUCAAUACUGGCAACACCUCAGAGGGUGUGCCACCUCCUUCAGUACCAGCACCAGCGAUGAUUGCGGCGCCGCCGAUGGCGCAUGUGCAGAUGUCCCAUCAUCAUCAACAUCAUUAUCAAUCGGCGUCGAUAAGCAUCCCUCGACAGUCGAUGUCACGCUCUAA